UUUGUCACGUUACGCGCCUAUGCACACAAACUGGAUCUCGUAACUCAAAGGUUGAGAAGGCCCAGCAGUGUGAACCACAGAGCCAUCCGGUCUAGUGAGGAGGGCAUUACGUUUGGACAUUUUACGUGUGCCUGGGAAUUUGGUGAAUUGUCUCUAGAUAUUUUGUGUGACGACAUGAAUAUCAGGUUACGUUUCAGUGGAUAUGAAGUAAAUUGACGCUUUUAAGAAAUACUAUCUUUGAAAUUAUAUAAAAAAAAAGAAAUUGGUCUGAAAAUUAGAACUUGAAAUGUUAUGAAAGUUACAUAAGCAUUGAAAGGUUGAUGUAAUUUAUUCUGCGAAAAAUUAAGUUUAAAUAAUUGUAAAUUGCUAUGGAUUAGCUAUAUUUAUGUGAUUUGUUAGUUAUUCUUGUUGGAAUACCAAUCAUAUUUACAACAAACUGAGUUCGUUUAAACCAUGGCGGCAGAUUCAAGUGACUCUGCAAGCAAGAAGCUACUGGGACUGGACUCCGUCUUAAUCCAUAGCAUCGAAAACAAGAAGGAUACCUCUUCCAGACAUGGUGACGAUUCAAGCGACGACACGUUUACCGAUGGAGACGGCGCUCUUUCAGAAGAGGACGCUGUCACUGUUAAGGUUCCACUUCGUACUAGUAGGAGGAAAUCAGUUAUGCCACCAUCAGGCAUUAAAAUCAACAAUGGUGAUUUCUUGGAAUCAUCAGAUGGUCCUGAUCAUUCACCACAAAAUUCUAUUACAAGCAUUAACAGCAUAUCCAGUUUACUUAAGGAAAAGUUUGCGUUGCCUUUUCCAGCGAUGUUGAAGAAGAAAAGACCACAGGAAUACAAACUUCGUGCCUUUGUUGGAAUUCUUUUCCUUUCUAUUGUUUUUCUUGUUGGCUUUGCAUAUGUCUACCAUCAACAAGUUCUUCAGAGAGCAUACUUCAAAAGCAUCCGUUUCAACAAUGAAGAACGUAUUGUUCGAGUCUUCAGUAAUAAUGGACGUGAAAUCAUGUAUGGUCACCUAGGCAUGCAUUUAGGUGGUGAUCAGGCAUUCCGUUGUCUACCAAAUGAUAUUCUGGAUGAUAGGUCUGUGUGCAUGGAAUGGAUGCACAAGGCUCGUUUAUACAUUAACUACACAGAGCACAUAGGUGUGCGUUGCUACCAUGUAACAUGGGAAAGUCUUACUUCAGACUUCCAUCCUACUGACUGCUAUGAGUGGUCUGAUGGUCAUUUGUAUGGCGGAGGUCAGACUCAGAAGAUGGCCUGGCCUAUUGAGAAGGGCUCAGUGAAGAUGUCGCCGUUCAUCACUGGAGAUGUUCGACAGCAUGAAUGGGGAAAUGUUUUAAAGCGUUACUUCAUCAGUUCCAAUGGCGUUACAGUGUUUGUUGAUCCUGAUACACCUCUUUAUGUUUCUGUGAAUUCAGAUCGUCCUCGUCAGUUCUGUCUCCAGGCGCGACACGAUGAUUUUGCAUAUGUAUACCACUCGACACCGUUCCCACAAUUAAAUUAUUCCAUAUGUACAUCAAGCAACAUGAAGUCACUUCAUUCCUUUUUUUCUGAGAAGCAGCUGUGGGAUGGGUUAAAGGAAGAAGAUCUGAAUGUUAUAAAUUCACUUCUCACAGAACCAGUUUGGCAGAUACCCUCAAGCCCAGGAAGCGAGUUGAAUGAGGGAGCCAUUUACAAUUACACAGAAGAUGUGAUUGCGCUUGGUUUCCUGAGGCAAGGCCAUGUGCUACUGAGUGAAGCCUGGCAGCCACACGUUGGCGACUUUGUCCUGGAUCCCUUCCGUUUUCCAACUAUGGACGAGACUAUAGAUAUUAUCCAUAGACGUGGAUUUCGUAUUGUAUUCACCAUUCAGCCAUUUCUGAGUACAGAAUCCACCAACUUUGCUGAAGCAGUCCAGAAACAUCUGCUUGUUAACGAACGAUAUACGGAACACCACAUUCCGGCACUAACAAGAUACAAAGAUGUGGCAAGUGCCGGUAUGCUGGACAUUACAAACAACAAAACUGUGCCAUGGCUUCAGACCAAACUGAAGGCUCUGGUGGACAAGUACCACAUUGAUGCCUUCUACCUCGAUGUUGGAACUGCAUAUGACAUGCCACAUUACUAUCGGUUUGAGAAUCAGCUCACAAACCCGGACCAGUACAAGACAAUCUUUACUGACAGUAUCCUCAGUGCUGUUGAGGUUGUGGGGGUGUCCGGUGCCAUCACAAGGCCUAAAGCCCCUGUGUUUGUUUCUUUACCCCCAUUUGCUUCCUCUUGGAAGUCCAUGCAGUCCAUAAUACCCACUGUUUUAACAUAUGGUGUCAUGGGUUAUCCAUUUAUUAUGCCUGGAGCAGUUGGUGGAGAUUAUAGGGAUUCAGAGGAAAGUCAUGCUGGUGUGACUGGGAAUGCAACAGUGAUGGGAAAUAGGUCUAGUGAGAGUGGCGGAACGAGCACCCAUCUUCCUCUUCCAGACAAGGAACUUUAUGUUAGAUGGCUCCAGCUUGCAACGUUCCUGCCAGUGAUUCGCUAUGCACACUUACCCAGCAAAUAUGGUGAUGAACGUGUGUUAGAGAUGGCCAAGGUCCUCACAGCAUUACGGCUCAAGAUUGUAAAUCCUCUGCUUGUGGACAAGUAUGUAAAAGACGCAUUGGAGUUCGGGAUUCCGAUAAUCCGACCAUUGUGGUUGUUGGAUCCUAAUGACCCUACAUGCCAUCUGGUUACGGAUGAAUUUUCAGUUGGUGAUGAGUUAAUCGUAGCGCCAGUAAUAUCGCCUCGUACUUACGAACGUGAGGUUUAUUUACCUGCUGGUGUAUGGAAGGAUGGAAUCGAUGGAAGUUUGCGAAAAGGAAAUCGCUGGUUACACAGCUAUGCAGUGCCUGAGGACAAAGUAGCUUAUUUUAUCAAAAUGCCUGAUGAUACUCGCUUCUAAGCCCUUUGAAUGUCAGUCUCUGAAACUGAAACAUGUGCAGUACACCAGUUCUAAGAACCAGACAACUACACAGCAUGCAUCUAUUGAAGAAGACAUCACAUUUUAAAGAGCAUUAUGUCAUGUUGCUUUAGUUAUUCGUAUGUUACCAUAAACUUCUUGAACUUUUAUCAUGUGAUAAUAUUUAUCGUACAGGUGUAGUGAAAAGCAUCACACGUUUGUAUAUUUUUGGUGCAUAAUUUUUAUUUUGUCAACAACAUUAAAUGUUGUCUUGCACUGGACCACAUUUGAAAGCUGUUAGCUUUGAAUAGACUGGACUACAUACAAAACAUUUGAGAGGUAUAUUGUAUAUUGUAAAUAGGCUUCUUCUAUUAUACAAAUUAUUUUUUACUAUGUGAGAGCGAAAGAGAGAAAAAAUAUUUCUGUUUUCUCCAUGUGACUCGCUAGCAACUAUAGUUAUUUAUUUCUGUGAUAAAUGCACUCUGAAACCAAAGA